CACUACAAAUCAGAGACCGGUACUCGUACUCGUACGAGURUGCGAGCACUCCUGAAACUGAAUUGUUGGUAAGGAAUCCUUUGAUCCGAAGUCAGGGAGAGAGCACGAGUCGUUACAUCGAAUAAAACAAAAAGCAAUCACAAAGUCCACAAGCCUGCGUUGGAAGCCUUUCAGUAGUGGAUGCAACAGAAAGCAACAGCAUGGCAAGCGAAUUCGUUUCUACGAUUUCUGAAGUGGUGACUUCCAAGAUUGGCAAUCCCUUGGAGUAUUUCAACCAACAAUACUACGGCGUCUUUCUGCCUCAGUACCAUUUCGCUCUCACGAGACUGGAAAUCCAGCAAUGGGCCGUCUACCAGACCGCCCUUCACGCCUGCGCUACGGAUUCCUGGAAGGCUCUCUCCAGUACCUAUMAACUGUGUUACCUGAUUCUGCGGCCCUUUAGCAUCCUCUCGUGGAUUGUGGCACAGCAUGCGGGGCGCUUUAUCGGGGAGCACGGUGGCAAGUCGCUUCAGAGCCUGGCGGUCAGCAGCAAGCGGUUGGCGAUCGCGUGUGUUCGCUUCCAGAUGUCACUGAACCGGAUCCAGCUCCUGGGGGAGGCCGGAUUGGUGGGACUCUGCGUGGCCUUGUACUACCUCCGAAAGUGGCUCCUGAAACAGACAUACUGGGCCCGAAUGGUCGCGUGGUACAGGGCGAAAAAGAAAAACGCCAUUCAGGUACGCAGACRAAGAGUAUACUGUUGGAGUGGCGUUUCUUUUGGUAUUGUUUUGAGAAAGACUCAAAUACAUAAUAACAGCUUGCCGACGCAUAAACUGGUAUMAAAAKGUUUCGGCUUCUGACAGUAAUUCUCAGUCCGCCCACUUUAUUCCUUUUGCUUUGUUUUUGUACCCAUUUAUCAACAGUCGGUCAACCACUUUUUCGAUAAGUUGGCUCGGGUCUCAAAAAUUUUAGCCUUGACCAUUCCGCACCUGAUUUUUGUGGGCCUCAGUGUGGGCAUUCGRCUCGUCUUUCCGGAGGCGGUCCGAUAUGCGACCUAUGAGACACCACUUCUAUUUAAUUUGAGCGUAUUUUAUCCUUUCGUCAAAACCUUUCUAUGGGUCCAGGCCCAGCGCCGGAAGGACAAGGAAAGCAACGGCAGUAGUACCGGUAGCAGUGACGACAAAAAUGUCAAUGAGAUCGAUGACAACAGCAAGAAAACUGGCACCAACACAAAAUCUGUUGCGGAACGAACAAAACAAUUCGAGGCUAUCAACAAAAAUGGUGAAAAAGAUACUCCUGCAUUCGUCACCGAAACGCAAGUUAUGGCGACAACUCGGUAUUGGCUCAAUUAUUGGCAGCUGUACGCCGUAGUUCAGGCCGUCGGCCAUUGCUUCGCAAUGAUCCCUAUCGUUGGGCGGUUCCUAAUAGCCCACCCGAUCUUCAGCUUCUUAACCGGGGAAUGCAAACUGUUUUUCUUUCUAUGGGUUUUUGUAAUGGAAAAAAUCCUAGGGAGCGCUACUUCCACUUCCGGCGAUGCGUUCAUGACCGAUGCCCGCCCCCUGAAACUGGUUCAAACCUUUGUCACACCAUUGGUUCUCAACUUGCACGGCGUUGUAUCUAAUGCCAUUACUCCUGAGCUCUGGCAUAAGGGGGUCGUCUCCAAAACCAAGAGGUUCCUAGAUGCUGCGGUUUUCGUCCGCUUGCUGUCGGAGGAACGAAGAGAUUGGCUGGUUCACAUGGUGGAAGAAGCACGAGUUCUGACUCUUCCUUCGAUCACGCUUUUGAUGCCGGGAUUUGUGACGCAAGUAGGCGUGGCAUACGUCCGAUACGCAGUACCCAGUGCUAAAUCAGCCGAGGCCAAGUCCAAGGCGACAAAACUUGUGUACCUUCAGUACUGGGUUCUUCACUGUUGUAUGGCCGGCCUGCUGGCUUAUCUAGAGGGAAUUAUCUGGUGGAUCCCUUUUUCCACCCACAUGGUCUUUCUCCUGUGGUGCUAUCUAAUUCUCCCCAAGGCUAUUCGCCAUAUUUAUGCAAUGCUAGAAUCCGAUUUGGUGGCCUUUGGAUUGCUCCCCAAGAUCGACGAUCCUGCGGGUGCAAAAAAGGAGAUUAGCGAGACAAGGAUCGCCCGUUUUUUCGAUUGGUGUCUAAGCUGGCUACCAGCUGCGGAUAUGUCCACUAGCGACAACAAGAAGCAGAUAGACGGUGCGCGCGGGAAGGAAGACCAACCAGAAGCAGUCGCAAGCGAUUCCGAGGACAGCAAACCUGAAAAAGCUAGUGAAACAGCUGAAUCAGGACCAUUAUCACCGAAGCAAAGUACUCCCGAGGUUGAUGUCGGAGAGGGGAUAAAAGACAAGGAUGUAUGAUUAAGGGACUAUGCAUUUCAUUUUCUUUAGGUAUGGGAAGAAUGUGGUACUUAUUACAGUAGGUUAAUGCUCAAUCAUUAAUUUGACUACAGCACACGAUCGCAUCCGUAUCAAGGACGAACAAAUCAAACUAUACUUUAUUUUGUCCUUUCUAGCAAACGAACAACAAAGCAAGCAAGGCCUUCAGAAUUGCAUAAUCUGCGGGGGAAUCGAAUGUAUUUUAUAAUAUUAAUAAUAUUUAUGAAACAAU